CUCAGGUGAACUUAAUCCGCGACAAAUGGACAAAAUAAAAGGAUCAGCAGGUUGAUGUCUCAUCUCAAUUGUCCAUUACUCACUGCCAACAGGCAAUUGUUUCGAUGACAACUUUACACAAGUUAAACAGUGAAGUUGAUAUUAAUAUUCCACUUAAUUUGGAAAAUAUUUCUGAGGUACGCGAGCUGGACAUGUUUGAUUCCAAGUUAACAGUUUGGGAGGACUAUAUUGUAGGAAUACAGCUGCUGUUGACGGCGGUAAUAUCCUUUGUGCUGAAUUUUUUCGUCAUCAUUGUGUGUGUACGUAAACGUAACAGCCUUGUUCCGGCGGAUUACUUCAUUGUAAACCUUGCCGUCAGUGACUUAAUCCUAUCUGUUGUGGGGCUUCCUUUUGGAAUUUCAUCCUCAUUUUUUCAUCGAUGGAAGUUUGGUGCAGGCGGAUGCAGUGCCUAUGGGUGUCUUGGAUUUUUCUGUGGAGUGGUCAGCAUAUCUACAUUAGCUUUGAUGAGUUUCUCAAGAUAUAUCCAUGUGUGUAAAUCCAGCAAAUCUUCUUCUCUCUCAAAAUAUACAAAUUUCUUCAUCAUUGGAAGUUACGUGUACGCAUGCCUAUGGGCUUCACUUCCGCUGUUAGGAUGGGGUCAAUACGGAGUGGAGCCAUAUGGAACUUCCUGUACACUAAAGUGGACAGCCAACAAAGGUUUUGUGACCUUGAUGCUGAUUUUAUGCAUUGUGUUCCCAGUCAUUGUAAUGAAAUUUUGUUAUGGAGGGGUGUACCUUUAUCUCCGUAGACAUUGCAAAGCAUUUCGAACAGUGCGGAGUAAAACGGGAGACAACAUUCGGAAAAGGGAGGAAUAUCUUAUCAAGAUGGCUUUUAUGAUGUGUUGUGCUUUCAUGGUGACGUGGACGCCGUAUGCCGUUGUCAGCUUUUGGGCGGCCUAUGGCGAAGCCAAGAACAUCCCCCUGAGAUUAACACUAGCUUCAGUUCUCGUAGCCAAGACCUCCACAAUAUGGAACCCAGUAAUAUACUUCAUACUGAACAAAAAAUUCAAGCCUCACAUUCGACUUUUUCUUCGAACAUUUUUCAGGUACGAUAACAAUGCUCAACAAAGACGACAGAGAAGCCUUUGGCAUUUUUGUCAUAGUCGAUCUUCUACCAUGUCAUCCUCUAUUUAAAAUGGAUUUUGGAAUCACGCAUAGCGUGUGGAAGAUGGAAGCCAUUUCCCAAUUACUUUUGGGCUUGAAGAUUAUUUCAUGAGAAAAUUGGUCAAAGGAUUUUGUGAUUUAAUGCUUCCCGUGAAGGAUAGUUGUAUGGAUGCCAAAGCUACACACUACUUCAUUCAAUUAAUUUAUAUUAUUAGCAUUGUUUGUUGUCUAUUUUAGUUGUCAUGUGAUUUUUUUUUUAUCAAACCAUGAAAAUGUGUUUAUUUCAUCUUCAGAUAUACAAGUAUACAACACUAUUAUUUUUUUCCAAAUCUUUUUCUUGGGGCUCGUUUUAUUGUCUUGCAACGAUACAAUUUUUAUUUUGAGAAAAUUUACUUUCUUGAUGGAUGUAAAUUUUUAAAAUCCUGUGAAAAUGAGCAUGGAAGUUGAAGGUAAAUUGUAACCUUUUUCUCAAAGAACGUGUAACAUUUAUUUAAGAACUUGGGGCUGCCGCUAGAUUCCUUCUUUCUUUUUUUAUAUACCUCCCACUUGAAAAGUGAGAGGGUACAGUGUAUACAGUGAUCAGGAUGUCCAUCCGUCUGUCUGUAUGUCCGUCUGUUACUCUUUGGGGUACCCAUCUCCUUGUGCACCUCUGAUUUUACUUUUUGAUCGGACACAUCUUUUGGGUUUCUCGUGGCAAAACAUGGACACUGUCUUUUUUUAAAAUAAUAUUUAAGGGUACCCAUCUCUUAUCAGCAACUCCUCUUAUACCACUGAAUAAAAUUUAAUGAUACUUUGACAGAUUCUUUAGUACAUAAUGCUUUUGUGCAUCUCCUAUAUUACAUUUUGAUCCGACACAUAUUUUGGGUUUCCCGGCCACAGCAAAACACGGACUUUGCCAUUAUAACCAUAUGAGAGGCGGGGAAAUCAUUUCGUGAGCUCAUCGCUCACAAUAGCUCUAGAUUAUAUUUCGAAUUUUCUCUGUAUGGGAUGUACAUGUAGCUAUUUUUGUAAGUAACCUAACAACGAAUUCAUGCGUAAUUUUUUUUACAACUGUAAAUCUAAAAAUUACCAAA